AUGGUGCAGCUCUUCAUCAAGCUGCUCUCGAAACCAUGGGUCAACAUCACUGAUUAUAGGGAAGCCCAGGACAAUUUAACGCAGCGGACCAAGGAGUUUGACCGGUCCCGGUACUUCAGCGAUAUCUCUAAUGGGGUCAUGCCGCUACAUCAUAUAGCAUUGAGUUCGACGGAUGAGAGGUUUCCUGUUAAUAAGAGACUCAUACAAGGGACAAUGCCUCCCCAAUUCGUCAAUGAUGUACUGGUCCCCCAGAUCUACUCGGCAACUGAGACGCUAAUAGAGUUCUGGAAGGUCGUCCUUGCCAACGGCCACUCAUUCGAGACAAGAGACGACGUCAUCGAGGCAUUGUUGGAUGCUAUUUCCGUAUUCACAUUUGGGCUUUCUCGUUUGGACGGUGCGACUGCCGCACUGCUCAACGUUCUUUGA